AUGAGCACAGUGACUUUGGUCUCUAGUGACCAAGAUGAGAUCACAAUUUCUCGAGAAGCAGCUUCGGUUUCACCGACUUUGAAAGCUAUGUUGGAAGGACCCUUCGUAGAGAAAAUUGGCAGAAUUGAGCUGCCAACGAUUGAGUCAAGGAUACUCCAAAAAGUUGCAGAGUAUUUGGAGUACAAUCUACGGUAUGCAGAUGCCGACCGAGAUGUGGAAGAGGUGCCAGAAUUUGAAAUUCCUACGGAGAUGGCAUUGGAACUACUGCUAGCAGCAGAUUAUUUGAACGUAUAA